CAGGCUAUAGCUUUCUGUAUCAGUCGACGGCUCCAGUUAUCGGUACAAAUAUCAGCACAGCUCUGAGCUCGAGCUCCCCCAUUGCUCUCCCAGCCAACCGUAAAACAUGACGACCAACAUCCUCCCGCAAGACUACCGCCCAGAUUUCAUUAUUGUUGGAGGCGGCACAGCUGGCUGUGUUGUUGCCUCCAGGCUUUCCUCAUAUCUCCCGCACAAGCAAGUCCUACUCGUCGAGGCGGGCCCUUCCGAUUAUAACGACCAGAAAGUGCUGCAGUUGAAAGACUGGCUGGCACUUCUAGGAGACACUAAUUAUGACUACGACUACCCCACCACCGAGCAAGCGAUGGGAAACUCGCACAUCCGCCAUUCUCGGGCGAAGAUCCUGGGCGGCUGCAGCUCCCACAACACCUUGAUAUCCUAUCGACCGUUCGAGCGGGAUCUGAAGGGGUGGGAGCAGAUGGGAGCAACAGGCUGGGACUUUGCCACCGUCCAGCGCUGCAUCGACCAGCUUCGGUGCACAAUCCAGCCCGUGCACACUAUGCAUCGGAACAAGUUCGUAAAGGAUUGGGUACGAUCAUGCUCGAAGGCCCUCGAUAUACCGAUCAUCGAAGACUUCAACAAGACUAUUCGCCGAGAAGGCGGGUUCUCCGAGGGUGUCGGUUUCUUCUCAGUUUCCUACAACCCCGAGGAUGGAAAGCGGAGCUCUGCGAGUGUGGCGUAUAUCCACCCCAUCAUCAGCGGCGAAGAGAAGCGGCCCAACCUCAUCGUCCUCACGGAAGCGUGGGUCUCCCGUCUCAACCUGUCCUCGCAGGGUGCGGAAAAGCGGGCAGAGAGCAUCAAUCUCACGCUCAAAUCCGGCCAGAAAUUGCGGUUAUCCGCGAAGGAUGAAAUAAUCCUCUGCGCCGGCGCCAUCGAUACGCCCCGACUCCUGCUUCUUUCCGGAAUCGGCCCGGCGGACCAGCUCAGAUCGCUCGGCAUAAACGUACAACACGAUCUCCCCGGAGUUGGCGAGAACCUUCUGGACCACCCAGAGAGCAUCAUAAUCUGGGAGCUGAACGAGUCCAUGCCGACCGAAACCACGAUGGACUCCGAUGCCGGCAUCUUUCUCGACCGCGAUGGCGACGGCAUCGCCGACAUCAUGAUGCACACGUACCAGAUCCCGUUCUGCAUCAACACCUCUCGCUUGGGCUACGAGGCGCCGCUGCACGCAUUCUGCAUGACGCCCAACAUCCCGCGGCCAAAGUCAAUCGGCCGAAUGUGGCUCACCUCCGCCGACCCGGCGGUCAAGCCGGCCCUCGACUUCCGCUACUUUACCGAUCCGGAGGGCUACGAUGCGAAGACGCUUGUCGACGGCUUUAGAGCCGCUAGAAAGGUCGCCGAAACGGAACCGUUCAGGUCGUAUCUGAAGCGCGAGAUUGCCCCCGGGCUAGAGGUGCAGAGCGAUGAGGCGCUGAGCGAGUAUGGGCGCAAGGUCGCGCAUACUGUGUACCAUCCGGCGGGAACAACAAAGAUGGGGGAUAUACGCAAUGACAGGCUGGCUGUCGUCGCCCCGGAUCUGAAAAUGAACGGCGUAAGGGGUGUCAGGAUUGCGGAUGCGGGAGUGUUCCCGGCGAUGGUUACUAUCAAUCCAAUGUUGACAGUUUUGGCGAUUGGAGAAAGGGUGGCGGAGCUGCUGGCGGAAGAACAGGGCUGGAGGCGCGAGCUGAAGUCGAAGCUGUGAUUGGUGCACAUUUUGGAUAUGGUGUGACUUAU